AUAAUUAAUAUUGAAAUACAAGUGAACUGCUUUUCUUUGAUAAUAAGAACCAUUAAACGAUUUUAAAAUUAUGUAUUCAUAAGAAGAAAACUUAACUAUUAAAUAAUAAUUGGUGUUUGAGAAAGUAUUAAUUAUAUAGAAUUAAUAAAUUUAAAAUAUUUAGCGCAAUUAAAUGCAAGUUUAAUUUAGUAUUUAUAAAUUUUUCAAUUAUUUCAUAUUGAUUAUUAUCAUUUAAUAGCUCUAACAAUGACUGAUUAUUGGAAAACUUCGAGGCAUCGCCGUAAACGUUGUUCUCAGUAGUGUGUUCUCGAUAGUGAAUAUAAAGUGAAUAUAAAGUGCAUGUGUAAAAGUGAAUCAAUCCGUAUGGUAUUACAGCGUCACUUUCUAAAAAAAAUUAAUAAUUUCCUUGAUUGAUUCGAGGUCCAAUGAGUGAGGAAAUCGAUCAGUGGUUCCUGUUGUAUAUUGUAACGAAAAUAAAGUAAUCGAUUCGAAUCGGUAAAAUUGUGGCUGAAGUGAUAAAACGGACAAAGAGAAAGACGAUUUCGGCAUGAUCUGUGGAGGUAACAAAAUCUCGUUAGAAAUAUUGGGCGGGGAGGAGGAGGCAUGGAAGCUGAAGCUGGUCGGCAAUCUCACCAUCAGAGGCUGCAGCUUACCCUGUCAUCCCCGGGAAUCCCCGGACUGGACGUCGUAAGAGCAUUGCAUCAGACUGUGAUAUCUUUGCGUUCUGCGCUGGAUUCCUCACGGGAAGAGCUUCGUCGUCUUAAGGAAAGGUUUGGUGAUUUUUCUGGCGAAAGCUACGUUAACGUUGUCGAGAGGCUCGCUCUUGAGAAUCAUGUCCUUAGACGAAAGAUCCUAAGCAGGAAUAGUGAAUUUUCUAACGAUGCUGCUACAAGUCCGCCACCUCAGGCCUUCUUUUCUUCAUUCGCAGUAGAAGACAUCGAAGAUCUGUCAGAGGAAGUAGGCGUACUCAUGGACGAAUCCAGGGACGAACUAGUCGCGGAGGACAUGCCAGAGGCAUCUAAACCGGUCAUUGGGUCGUGUACCGACAUCAACGCUGGAAAUAACAAUCAGAAUCCCGAUUAUUCUCGUACAGCUGAGAAAAUGUCCAAGAAUGCACAAUCCUUCUCGAAAUCAGAAUCUAAAGACAUCGGAUUGAAGUGCACCAUGUCUAAGGAUUCUAUUUCUGUUAAACCUUUAAUUGGAAUAUCUAGCGUCGAUUUGGAUGACACGUUGAAAAACGAGACUUCUGCUUUGACCAAUAUUAGACAAUCCAAAGAUAUUGAAGAGGAGGAUGCGAUCGAGGUUCAAAUUGAUCAUUUGGAGGUGCAAGAGAAGGAUCUCGAGGAUUUAAGUUUGAAGUCUGUCUCCGAUGGAGACAAUUCGGUGUUCAGUGAUAAUCCGGACACGCAAGUGUCGCAGCAAAAUCAACGUCAAAAUCAAACGGUGGAUCAACCGAAACCGAACGAUCAAUCCGAGAACGAAUCUGAAGAACUCGAUGAUAUCGAGUUGAUAUUCACGACGGACGAGACUUGUCGCGAUCUCGGUCUUCAAGAGGACCUCGUCUCCAUAACGGAAACCGAAUCCUGGCAACAGGCUGUACCCGCUGGUCAACCGGUAUUAUUGAAAUAUACCAAAUCAACCGAAGGUGAAUCGUUGGUGUGCAACGGUGAGAAGACUAGCUCCGUCGAAGAGGCGGUUUCCUCGCAGAGUUCGAGUAUCGAUCGCGAGGAAAGCGUGGACAGGUUCGACGAGGGUUCUAACACCAGGUUGAACAAAAUAUGGUCGCAGUGUUCGGUGUUGGUUGAAACGGAUAUCAGCAAGUGUGGAGUCGUCGAAGAACCUGAACAUGCUACCAGACAUGCGGUUAGAAGGAACACUUUAGCUGCACCACCCACUGCCUACAGACCGAUCAUCCAUCGUGAAGCUCUGGCGGGUAGCCGACGAAAGAGUAUGGCACCACUGAGACCAGUGAUGGACAGGAUCACCGGUGCAAGACGAGAAUCUGGCGCCCAAACAGACAUUUCUGCGCUUCCAGCCCAUUGGCGUUCCGAGAGUUAUCUCGCGCAUAAAGUGGCUCAUACGUUCACCACGUUGCCCAGCAAAUUUGCUUUGCCGGCCGGGGUGCCUGGAAGGCUUCGAUUAUCCGAUAAAACUCGAGAGGCGAGAAGAGUCAUGCUGUCCGACAUCAGCUUCACCAGUAUGGUACCGGAACUGUCGAGAAGUGCCGAUCAUCUCUGCCACGAUUCACACGCACAGACUUGCUUCAGUUCCCGAGGUUGUGGACUUCGUACACCGGACGUGCAUCGGCGAGAAUCGUUGGGCUCUCCUGCAGGAUUCUGGCCCCGUUGCAACCCCGCCACAGGACUGCCGAGUCCCUGCGACUGUCGUCUCUCGACCGACCUUUAUUCUUCGCGAUACCGCGGUUCAUUGUCCUCGAUCCCAUCGCCCGGAUUGGAGGUGGUCGGCGGUCCACCGCGUAGACACUCGUGGAGAGCGACCGCGGCGUCCUUCGACACUUGGAGAGUUCCGCUCGCCACUUCCACCCCGAGACCCACCUGGUCUUCUAUGCCCUCUUCUCCUACCCACGUGCACCCGCCUGCUACGUCCUCGAAAACUUCUAAGAGCGUUCCUAAGAGAACUAGAUCGAAGGUCACCUUUCAAGAAUGCCCGAUGACGCGUGGCAGCUUGCCAAAUCUGCGCUCGGAUUUGGUGACCGGCGAUAACAGCGGCGAUUCGACCGAGUCGUUGAUCGACGAGGCCGAGGAUUAUUUGCGACGAAGCAUCGACUCGAUGCUGACAAUAUCCAGUAGCGGCGUCAGUUCCGAUUACUGGAACAGACAGACAGCUAGGCGGAGACGUACACGGCGAUACUCUGAGCCGGAUCUAAUCCGUGACUGGCAUCCGCCACAGGAUGCCAGACCGUACCUGCCAAAGAUACCAAGAGAUCUAAAGCUGGAUCAUCUCGUGAAGAUUAUAUCGCCAGAGGGUAAAGUUCUUCAAGGGCGAGUGAGAUACGUGGGUCCUGUACCAGGCCGCGAGGAGACUCACGUAGGCGUGGAGUUACCUUACUCGAAUGGCUCCUCCGAUGGCACGUUUCACGGGAGAAGAUUCUUCGAUUGCGAUCCCGAUCGAGCGAUCUUCGUCCCGUUCAAGAAAGUGAUUCUGGCCUGGUGCACCACUUGACCCGAGCCUCCGAGCAACCGAACAACUCCCCGAAUUCUAUUGUCCCAGUUCACCAUGUGAAUCGAAAAACAGAGAAACUACGGUGAACCGAAUAACGUACGUUUCGUCUCCGCCGAUUUCAACGAGUAAGUACGUGACACUUCUUUCCACCGUAACUGACCCACGCCACUUGAAGCACGCAGAUGAAGAGGGUGAAAAAAAAAAAAAAAUAAAAAAGAAAAAGAAA